UAAUUCACAGUUUUUGUUGCGUCUGUGGAUGAUUGUGUAUUACCCUCGCCUGCUGUUAAUUCUUCCUUUCCUUUCCAAACAGUUUAAUAUAGUGGUUGCAUUAUUUAAAUUUUGAGAAAUAUCUGUGCGUGUCUGUGUUUUAUUUUUCGCGAUAACUGUUCAUUUUAUUUUUCUCUGUGUCUAACCUGUUUCUCCUUUGUUUUAGGUUGAGCUUGGUUUUACAUAAUUGAUAUUGUUGAUCAUGAGCUGUGACAAGGAGUUUGAGAAAACUCAGUCUGUGCCGACAGGAACAACAGGUUCUAGUCAGCCGCAGAAUGAGGCAGAUGAGGUUUCUGUAAAAAAUUGUAUCUCAUCUGAUUUGACAUCAUCAGUGACCUCUACUGGAGAUGUUGCUGCUGGCUUUGCGGGUGUUGAUGUCCAUUGUGUUGAUCAACAACCUUACCUUUCUUCCACUGGAUAUUUUCAACAACCAGGUCUGCAUGAAUCGGAAGUUCUGCCUUGUUCAUCAGUCUCAACUUCUUUUGGUGUACAAAAUGAAACUGUCAAUGGUUCCGUAAUUGCAAAAAAUGAUCCAAAAUGUUCUGGUUUUGCCAAGCCAAAUAGCUUAAACUCUACAAAUAGAAAUGGCAAUUUAACCAGUGCAUUAUCCAAGACUGUGGCUGAUACAAAGAAAGAUAUCAAAACUCUAAACAAGGCUCCUCAUUUGCAUUCUAAUUUUACAGCAGCCAGUCUUCCAAGGACCUACGACCAAAUGGGAAAAUUUUCAUCAUUAGCCAACCCAAGACACAAUGUCUUCCCCCCUACUAACCGCAGGCCGUAUGCCUCUAUUACCUACGGACCAAAUGCAUCUACAAACUACAGGCCAAAUGCCUCUACUAACUACCAGCCAAAUGGGAGAGUAUCUAGUGUAAAUGAUAGAUUUUUGUUGAGUGACAAAUUCAGGAGUGGACAAUCUGAAAUGUCAAUGGAAAUGACUCGUGGUCCUCGGGGUCAUUACAGCAAUUUUCCUCUAAAAUCGUCAUCCGUUAAGGAGGAGUUUGCGAUCACAAUCUGUAGAGAUCGAUAUAACCUUUCAGAUUUCCAAACUGAAUAUGAAACUGCAAAGUUUUACGUGAUUAAAUCUUUCAAUGAAGAUGACAUUCAUAAGUGCAUUAAAUAUGAUGUUUGGACAAGUACUCCAUCAGGAAAUAAGAAGUUGAACUCAGCAUUCCUUGAUGCAGAAGCUAAAUUGGGACAGACAGGCACAAAAUGUCCAGUCUUCCUCUUCUUCUCAGUUAAUGCCAGCAGGCAGUUUGUUGGAGUAGCUGAGAUGUUUGGGCCGGUGGACUUCAAUAAAGACAUGAAAUUUUGGAAACUUGAUAAAUACAAUGGGUUCUUCCCAGUUAAGUGGCAUAUAAUAAAAGAUGUUCCUAACAACCGGUUGCAGCAUAUCAUCCUUCAAAACAAUGAGAACAAGUCUGUAACUUACACUAGGGACACACAAGAGAUUGGACUGAAGGAGGGUCUGGAGAUGCUGAAUAUCUUUAAAAGUUAUCCGGCUAAGACAUCUCUAUUGGAUGAUUUUGACUUCUAUGAGAAGCGAGAGAAGUUAUUUUGUUCCCAAAGGAGUACCAAGCAUACAAGCCCAGAACAGGAGGAGGUAUAUGGCAAUGACAAUCACCAAAAUACUGUCCAAGCAAGAGAGAAGAAAAUAGAUAUGCAAUCAAGUGGUACCAAGCAAGUUACUCUGGUCAAACUUACCGAGAAUCUCUCUCUCAAUCCCUCUGAAAAACAAGGUUUUCCAACAACCAGAUUGCAAGAUGACCAAAAAUUAGAAAGAAAAGAUAGCUAGAUUUUUUAUUUCUGCACAUAGGCAUUUUUAGAGUUGCAGAAUUGAGGUUUGGUUUGUUUAGAGCUCCUCCCGCGUUCGUCUCUUUGCUAGUUAUUAUUUAUAUGGUAUGAUAUACUUGAUACGUCAAAAAGAUUGUCAUAGCAUAUUUUAAGUUCGACCACUUAUUAUUUUUAUAUUAUUUGAUGUUGAUGUUUGGCAUUGACAAGAUUAUUUAAAAUAAGGAGGUAUUUGAUAUCAUGGUUCGAUGUCUCCUGGCCAACAAUUUUGUUUGUUUUAUAUGAUGGUCUUUCUUCCUUCUUUUUUUUUUAGUACUGAGGAAUUGUCUGCC